UUAUUUUGAAAACACCAUUACUAUCAAUAUUAUUAAGCACUGGUAUUAUUCAAUAUUAUUAUUAUUAUUAUUAUUAUUGUUGUAAUGAAGUCGGCGCCGAUAAAAACAAGUGUCCAACAAGUGUCCGAUAUUAUCGGUGAUUGGGGUCUAUGGCAGCUAAAUAUUGUCGUAUUUUCAAUUAGUAUACAAUUGUUUUUGGCUUUUCAUACACUAGCCGUAUCGUUUUAUGCACCCACCAUUGACUACAAGUGCACCGAUAAUGACAUUACCAGUACUACCACUACUACUACUAGUGCUAACAAUGAGACAAAUGAUUAUUAUUGUCUAAAUGGAUGCAAAAAUUGGACAUUUGAUAGAUCAGUGUUUAAGUCGACAAUCAUUGAUGAGUGGCAAUUAGUAUGCGAUAGACAGGGAUUGGCAUCCCUAUCACAAUCGCUAUUUAUGUUAGGCUUUGCAUUGGGAGCCGUCAUAUUUAGCUACCUGUCCGACCGAUUCGGUCGACUACCUAUACUAUGGAUUACAGUCAUACUGGAAAUACUGGCCGGCCUAUCCAGUGGACUGGCCAUGAAUGUAACACAGUUUAAUAUAUCGCGCGUAAUAUUGGGAAUGGUAUCUAACGGCAACUAUUUGACAACAUUUAUGAUGGUUAACGAGUGUGUGGCACCUAAAUAUAGGUCUACAUUCAGUGUAUGCAUACAAAUGGGUUGGACGGCCGGCUACUGUCUAUUGCCGGGUAUUGCCUACUUGUUGCCUGACUUUCGCCAACUGAUAUUAGCCACAACUAUACCGCAGAUCGUAUGGCUUGUAUGGUUAUAUUGGAUACCCGAGUCGCCCCGUUGGCUGAUUGCCCAUCAGAAAUGGGAUCGCUUGGAACUGGUAGUCAAACAGGCUGUCCAUAUGAAUUCAUUGCCGAUAAAUGAUUUUGACAAUCAAUUUGAAUCGUUGAAGAAGUCUAUAGUUAACAACAAUGAGGAAUGUGUUAAUAAACAACUGUUAACUAACGAUAAUAAUAAUAAUAUAAAUACCAAUAAUAAUAAUAAUAAAACUAAGUCCAGCCUAUGGUCAGUAAUGCAGUCACCGAACCUCCGUAGGACAACCCUAAUCAUGUACUUUACAUGGUUUGUCAACUCGUUUGUCUAUUUCGGUAUAUCCUUAAACAUCGGCGACUUAGGCGGCAAUUUGUUUAUCAAUUUUCUGGUCGCCGGACUCAUCGAGUUUCCCAGUUUUAUAUUUCCUAUCGUUGCCUUUAAAUAUAUCGGUCGCCGACCACUGAUCGGCGGAUAUAUGCUACUCAAUGGACUGUCGUGUUUUGCUGUCAUACCAUGUCUGGCGAUGACCGCUAUCUGGCCACGGGUUACCAUUGCUAUGAUUGGCAAAUCGUUUAUUACCAGUUCUUUUUCGGUUAUCUAUGUCUAUGCAGCGGAAGUCUAUCCGACAGUUGUCCGACAAGUAGGUGUCGGUUCGUGUUCAGUGGCCGCCCGGGUAGGGUCUAUGUUAGCACCGUUUGUCAAAGAUCUGAAUAUCUAUACGGGUAUGAGUGUCGUACUGUCCAUUUACGGUAGUCUAUCGAUUGCCGAUGCAGUGGCAGCUUAUUUUCUGCCCGAAACCCGUGGCCAACCAAUUGCCGACACUAUUGACGAAGCGGAACAACUCAAUAGGAGGCAUAAUAGUAAAGUUGCUAAAAUAAAUGACAAAAAUAAAUGUGAUUACAAACUACAUGUAAUAACUGAUAAUAAAGUAUGAUAAUAAUAAUAA